CUCCGUAUAAAGUCUUGUAAUAUAUGCAUUCAUGUAAUUAGAUUCUUAUCCAAGAGGGUCAAUCUGUACUCAGAAAGGUGACAGCCCAUGGGACUGCCAGGUAGUCACGCCAAUGAACACACGUGCGAACAAACUACCUGAACAUGCCUUCUAAUCGACGUUGACCACGGUAAACUCGCGUUCACGGCACAACCGUAUAUUGUUUUUUCAAAUAUAAUGGCUGUGUUCGAAUGAGACACGGAUCUUUUCCUCUGCCCCGUUCCGUACCAGAUACAAGCUGGUCUCGACGCUCAAAAUUCUAGUGCACACAGCCAUUUGAAAUGACGGAACGGAUCCUCGACUUAGUUUUAUCGACGUAGAACUUGACAAGACGUCCUUUGGCUCCUGAGGCGAAGCUCGAACCAGAUAGAUUUGUCAGGACAAAAUUGAUCGAAUAGUGUUUCAAGAAAAGUGCAAAAGCAAGAAGAAAAAGAUUUGACACGAUCUCCGACACCGAAGACCAGUAAAAGAAACACGUACGUGCGUGUGCAGAGAAGGAGAAGAGGAAAGAGAAUCGGUUAUCUGUUAUCAGGAUCAGAAGUCCAAUGAAGAUCCACUGGCAUGGCCACGCCACUCAGCCCCCGAAAUUCGGAGGUGAACGCGCUUGAGCAGCGGGGCUAUCUUAUUGGCAAAAAAAUCGGACAGGGAUCGUACGCGACCGUACACCUGGCCGAAUAUGUCGACGGAACAAGUUCGAAGAAAUUGCGAUUAGCCUGUAAAAUAUUUGACAAAGAAAAAGCACCCCCCGACUUCCUCGACAAAUUCUUUCCCCGUGAACUCGAAAUCCUUACAAAGAUCGAAAAUCCUCAUAUCAUUCAAGUACACAGUAUACUGCAGCGUGGUCCAAGAGUCUUCAUCUUCAUGCGUUACGCUGACAACGGUGACCUCCUAGACUUCGUUGACCGAAAUGGCGCCGUACCGGAACAGCAAUCGAAGCUUUGGUUCAGACAGAUGGCUUCCGGUCUGCACUACCUUCACGGGAAGAACAUCGCCCAUCGCGAUUUAAAAUGCGAGAACAUUCUGCUGUCGCGAAAGUUUAAUGUUAAAUUGGCAGACUUUGGAUUCGCGAGGUUCUGCGUCGAUCACGAAGGCAGACGCGUCCUCAGCAAGACCUACUGUGGCUCUGCCGCGUACGCCGCACCGGAAGUCGUCUCUGGAACCCCCUACAACCCGAAACUGGCCGACGUCUGGUCUCUAGGAAUCAUUUUGUUCAUCAUGUUGAACGCGUCGAUGCCGUUCGACGACUCGAACCUGCAGAAACUGUUGAAGGAUCAGAUGUCGAGGAACUGGAUGUUUCGGUCCCGAGUUCGGGAUACUGUGUCCGCGUUGGCGAAGAGCAUCGUAAAGCACAUUCUGGAACCGGAUAUUACGUUGAGGUUGACGUUGGAAAGAGUUCUGGGCCACGAGUGGGUGCGCACCAAGAAAGAAAAACCUACGUCUCUUACUGGGCGUCUCGUACAUUCGGCACCUCCUACUCAUCCACAGACAUGCGGAGGCGGAGGAAAGUUGGUUGGCGCAGGGGCUGCAGGGGGUUGCAACGUACCUUUGGUACUCAAAGGUCUGUCGUCGUCCAAGAACUCUGAGAAUCAGAAUCAUGGUAAUGCUGUAAAGUCUGUGGACAAUUCGGGGAAGAAUGCGCAAUUGUCCGCUGUUCAAUGAAGGCAAAUAGGACCGACAAGGAUGAACCAACGUCAUUCGUACAUACACGUCGAACGCCGACGAGAUGCUCAGUAUGUAAUCUGUGCAUCUUUCAACCUACGCAUGUUUAUAGUUCAUUUUUUUUACUUUCCUGAUUAUUGUUGAUCUAUACAUGAUUUUUAAUAACUCAUACUUUAAUAAAAAGAUUACACAAUUUUAA